UGCAAAAGUUCUGAUCAGUAAAACAGCACUGUUUAAUCGAGUACUCCGUGGUUAUGUCUCUCUCUGCUCUACCGGAAUAGAAGCAGCUGCUACUGGAGCGAAAGCGAAGAGAGGAGGAGGAGAGAGAGAGACAAGAGAGGGAAGAAGAGCAGCGGCUUGCCAGCAUGCCGGCUUGGAAGCGAGGGAUCAUCCAGAGAAGAAGGGUGAAGCAAGAUGAGGAAAGAGAGAGGGAGAAAGAGAGAGAUGGAGGACCACAUACUCCGGAUAUCCUGAGCAUCAAUGAAGACAUCAGCACAGAGCAGACGGACAGUAAAUUAACACAUCACCUCCAGACUGAGCAGACUGGGUAUAAAUUGCAAAAACAGAUAUACAAAGACACCAUCAGCCCCAUCCAACAGAACCCCUUCAUCCGUUCUGAGAACAGCUUUAGGAGAGAUAACAGAGGGAAGGAGGUGAUUAGAGAUGGAGAGAAUGAGUAUAAAAAGGCUGCCAAUAAAAGAGGGAGAGAAAGAAAUAAGGAAACAGAGAAGGAGAUCUGGAGAGGACAAGAUAGAGAGAUGUGGGUCAAGAAGAUGGGAAGUAAAAAUGAGGGAAGAGAGCGAGACAGAAGCACUGGGAGAGAAAUCAGAGAGGCAGACGGUAGCACAUCCUUAUUUCCUCCGGUCGUAGGUCUUCACACGAUCCAGGCACACAACAUUAUCAUUAUUGAGAAAGACAAAAAUGACAAGGAAAAACCGGAUAAGAGAGAAAAGGAGGUCAGGGAGGAUCAGAAAAGGAUGAGGAUGGAUUUGAGGGAGUUUCUAGCUUGCGGAGGAAGCGUGACGGAAAUUAGGGCUUCAGAAGUACUGAUCAUCAAACCACCCGUGAUGGACGGGAUUAGGGAAACCGAGACUGAGAGAGGGAGUGAACGUUUAGGGAAAGAGGGGAUAUGGUCCUCCAUGCAACUAGUGUCGAGGAUGGUCAUGCAAAUAGCCGAGAGAGUCCUGAACCACAAGGACAUGGGGGCUCCAGAACGUAGUGGUCGGGUCAGUCAGCUGCUUAGUAAGUUUGGUGAACACCCAAAACCUCCAAUGCGCUCCAAGAGCACAGAGUGCUUCAAGAACCGGGCCAGAUACAGUACAGGAGACCUCUUUGUGGAGGAGGAACAGAGUACGGAGGAGACUGAAACGAGUCUGAUGCUCAGGGGUGUUCCCAAACGCUCCUUUAGCUUCUCCGACCGCGUGGUUUGCCAACAGGAGAACAGAGAUUGUGAGCAAAAGACAGAUUUUAAAGUGGUGGAGAGGUCGUGCUCAGACCGUAGGGUCAAAACAAGGGUCACCAACCAAUCAGGAAGUGAACCAAAGGUCGCCAGGCGAUGGGGUCGACCCAAACAUGAUGAGGUGAUGCAUGAAAAGAGACAAAAAGAAAUAAAGGUUGAAAAUAAGAGGAAUAAAUCUGUUUGUGGCGAGACAGAGGAAUGUACUUCAAGCGUAGACGGAGGAGAGGACUUCACUCUGGCCUCUGUCAAAAUCCCUGAAGGGGGGAUGGAGAGCAGCUCAAAAAGAGAGAUUAAGAAAGUGAGAGAGGAGAAUGAGAGAGAGAUAAUAAUAGAUAAAGAGAUACACAGAGAUAAGAGGCAAGAGGAGAGAGAGACGCUGGUACGGCAGAGACCCACAGAUUUCCAAACUGAGGCCAAAACAGAAUCUGAAAGGAGAUGGAAUCAAGAGGAGGGAACUGUUGCAGUUUCAAAACAAUCCCGUGGCAUAUAUAUACCACCCUCGGAUGACAGUACUAUAGAUUUCCCUACAGACAGUUGGUGCCGAUGUGACAACACUCCCUCUGCGGACUCCAGUUGCCCGACUAUGGUUGACUAUGCUGGACAAAGGCAACCCUCUGGCCAAGCAGCCCUUACCCAACACACAGAGGAUUUGCUCAGUAAAAUAGGAAAAGUCCAAUUAGAUGGAGAACUCAAGAGGGCAGGGUAUAUUUUUUCACAUGGAGACACGGAAAGGAUCUCUGGUGAAAUGAGUAACCAAGAUCAAAAAGAGCAUCAACAGUAUCAAAGCAUUCCAAAACAAGCCUCUGAGGAACUACAUUUUACCUCACAACUCCCACAACAAACUGUUACACUGGGCCAGAGAAAACUGUGCACCCAAGAGGGAGUCGCCAUCCCCAGGACUGUAUUUUAUGGAGUCGAUAUAUCAUCCGAAAGAAGGAGGGCGAGUCUCCCUGCUGGGGAUAAACUAGAUGGAGGACAAGUGGAGAGGAGAGGGAGCUGGAAGGCUGGGCGACCUCUGACCCGAGUGGAGUCUCUGAAAGAGAGAAUUCGUCAGCAACAGAAGGAAAGACAGGAUGAUGACAAAGAAGAGGGCAGCAGAGAAGCAGGAGGAACUGUGAGAGAACAAGAAGAAACCACAUUACAGACUCUCAGACUGUUUGACGUCACACAGGACGUUAACAUGGCAAAGUCAAACCCUCAACUUCCUGUUCCUGUUUCUCUGUCGCUCUUGCAGUCAGCUUCGACUGAAAGAGAAGUUGGGGAGAUCGCCAGAGACGCUUCAGAGAGCGAUAUCUGCCCCAGGGAAGCAGAGAGAGAUACACAACGCCAUGUAGAGGAGUGUGGAACGUGCAUCGCUUGGAGAACACAGGACAUAGACGAAAGAGAAAGAGAGGAAGAGUAUCUUCCUCCCUCUCUUUCUCCCUCCCCACCACUUUCUGACUCGUUGGACGCCAUGAGUCGGAUCUAUAACCUCAAGACGGUGGGGUCCAGAACUGCAGUGUGUAUCAGUGAAAGGACAGCUGAUAUGCCCCCACACAGUGGACCUCAGGGCAAAUACAACCCCAUCAGACAAGCACCAUCACCGGACAUCCUGCCAGAAACUGCUAAGCUGUGGAAUCAUGGGAGGGACGGUGACAAAACUCAGGCGAUGGAGUCGACAGGUGUUCAGAUGGUACAGUGGCAGGUGGAACAACUACAGCUGAGGGAACAGGAAGCAGGAUGUGGCUCCCACAAUGACAAAAAGGCACAGCCCACCAUGGAGAGUUGUCCGCUUGUAGAGCCAGAGAUCAGGGCAACUGAAGGCCAGAAGAAACCAGACAUACUAAGAGAGACACAGAAAUCCCAAAUGCCUACAAGUACCAGAUUUCCACAAGGCCAACAGAAUGUCCAAAGACAAUCCCCUAUACCUCAGCAGGUCAGGUCAUUCAUAAUCAACGCCCGGAGCACCGAAUCAACAGAAAACUCACAGAAACCUCCAGAACAAAGCUCUCCAUCGCCAACCUCUCCCUGUACUGCAUCCCACUCUUCAUCUCCAUCUCUGCCUCUCUUUUCCAUUAGGAGUGCCUCAGGUAGACCAGGUAAGAGAGGAAUUACCAUCACAAUCACCCCCAGAAGACCUGCUGGGGCAGCCUCGUCUGGUGCCAUCCCAAGAGGGACCCCUGCAACACCCAAAGCAGCUCCCCAGGGCCAUAUACCCACACCUGCUCCCAGCAGCACCAAGGAGGCAGGGAAGAAACGAUAUCCUAAAGCAAAAGAGAUUGAGGUGAUUGGAGGGUACCAGAACCUUGAACGGUCAUGCUUGGUGAAAAGCAGAGGGACACCGAAAGCGGUGAAGGUGUGUUUCGAUGACGCUCAGCUGGAGAGAGUUUGUGAGUACCCUUCAGAAGGUUUUGCGCUUGCAUCCCUCCCUUACUCGCCUCAUCCGGGGCCGGAGGACGGCGGGAUGGACGAGGGGGAGCAGGAGGACGAGGGACAGGAGGAAGAUGAGGAGGAGGAGAGCGCAGCGUUUGUGUCUCGCAGAGGCAUGAAUGAGUGCGCAGCAAGGGCUCGAUGCAUAAAAGUCGAUGAAUCCUGUAAACAACUUUCCAAAUAACAAACCAGGGCAUCCUUUAGAUUUUCAAUUCUUUACAUUUACAGGAGGUGUAAGUGAUGAUAAACCUUUUAUAAAUUGGUUUUAAAAAUAGUUUUUAUUGUUUAGUUUUGCUUGUCCGGACAGAGAAUCAAAUAUACUUUGC